AUGGAACUACGGAUGAACCAGCUCCGUCGCCGUCAUUAUCGAGACCAGCGAGGUCAAUGGGACCGACGCUGCAGUCGUGCAAGUACCCGUGCCCGUGUGGAAGAUCCGGUGGAGAUUGAACGGCGUUUAAAGAGACAACGGAGCGAUGCGGCGAGAGAGAGCGCAGAGCCUGUAUCCACAGGAGGUGGCCCAGAUGUGGAAAUGGAAGAUCCGGAUCGAGCAGCGAAGCGGGCCAGGACUACACCAAUGCCCGACGGAUCCCCGGUCGAUACGUCACAGAGCGCCGCGCUCGCCGUCUCGGCAGGUGAUGUAGCCCCCCACGCAGAGGAGGUUAAGACCCCUGUCGAUGAGGCUGCGAAGAUCGCAGACACGUAUGCAAUGUCGCUCGACGCACCUCCCCGAGCUAUCAUACCCAUGCCAGAUCAGGAACCGGAGAAACCCCCACCACCCUUCCACAUUGACGAGUCGCGCAACUCUAUCCCCCACGCCGUCUCCACCAUACCAUCCACACGCUCUGGCGUCCCUCACCCCUACUCUUGCCGCUCCAGCCGCUCCAGCCGCCAUUCCAUUCCAACCCAUUCCCAACCACCCUCUCGCAGCGCAUCUCCCACUUUGCAAGACUUGCCAAGGAUGGAACAGGAGCCGUUCCUUACCGCUCUCCUUGAGGCUAUCACAGCCCUCACCGCCACUGUUGGGUCCUUGCAGGACCAAAUCAAAUCACAAAGCCAAGAGCUCAUCCAGCUCAAGGCCAUAUGCAAGGAAACCGCCAACCUACUUGGCAACAAGGACCAAGGAGGAGCCCAAACCCAGCCUGGCCCAUUGACUGGGCCUAUCACCCCUCCUACUCAGACAGGAGGAGAAGCCCACUCUCCAGCAACGGUUAGGCCUGGGCUCAAGGCCCCCUUCCGCCCUUCAAGGGGCACAGGGUACAACUCAGAAGAAGAGGAAGACAGGCAAGCCCCCAAAAGGGAACCUUGCAACACGCCUAGGCGGGGCCUCAGCUCCCUUACCCCCUUUGACUCAGGGUCCAGUGCUACCCAGUGGCUUGACAGGAUGCUGCUCUGGGUUGCUCUUCACAGGGAUCAAUUUGAUGAGGAGGAGCAGAUGGUUGUGUGGAUACUCUACCACAUGACAGACAAAGCAGUCGAUUGGGCGCUCCCCCUUAUUGGGGCCAUCAUCAAGGGAGAGGGCAACCCUCCAACCACCAUCCCGGCCUUGACGGCCAAAUUCAAGGAGGCAUUUGCCAAUCCCAACGCUAAACGGGCAGCCGCCAGAAAGAUUGCCGCGCUGACUCAGACAACCACCACGUCUGAGUAUGUUACCAAAUUCUGCAACCUCAUGGCGGAACUUGACUGGAACACUGAGGCAUACAUUGCCCAGUUUAUGCGCGGCCUUCACUGGAAGGUAAAGGAACUCUUGUCCACUAAAGACAACAUUCCCAACGAUGACCUUGAGGCUAUAUUCGCCGCCUCGGUCAAAAUUGACAACACUUGUUGGGAAAACAAGGAAAACCGCCCAAAGAAGGCGCCUGCCAAGUCCCGGCCACCGUGGCCACCACCUCCACUACCACUACUCAACGGGUCCGAUUAUCAGAGGAUCCCAAUUACGUUACCCUGGAGGAAAGGGACUGCCGCCGCGCGUCUGGCCUUUGUGUCAAGUGCGGUCAAAAAGGGCAUGGCAUCAAACAGUGCCCUAACGUCAAGGACUGCUGCCAAGCCCCCAACCAAAAAAAUGGACAAUUUAGAUAGCGUUGAAUUUGUAUCUCUUGCUCUAGACUCGAAUAAAAAACCUUUGUUAUUUAUCAAUCUAUAUGUCCAAAAAUUCCCGGCAGAACCCCUCAAAACACUCAUUGACUCAGGAGCCACUUCAAACUUUAUCUCCCCUUUGAUUGUGGAAAAAUAUAAAAUCCCAAAAACCCAACUCAAAAAUCCACAAGUUGUGAGAAUGUUAGAUGGUUCACCUCACCGUCUUGGCCAAUGGCCACAUCCACUCCAUCCCAUUCUUGUUUGCCCCAUUGGCAACACCCCGGCAAUCCUAGGCAUGACAUGGUUAACAACAGAAGCCCCUCUUAUUGAUUGGCAACAGGGACUAGUCACAUUCCCUGAACAAGUUCAAAUUGCCUCCAAGGAAGAAGCGGACUCAGAUCCUUUAGCAGACCUUCCCCCUCAGUACCAUGAGUUUGCUAAAGUUUUUGGCGAAGAAGAAUUUAAGGUUCUCCCUCCACAUAGGGAGUAUGACAUCUCCAUAGACCUUGUUCCGGACGCCAAACUGCCCCCUGGCCCCAUAUAUGGCAUGACCAAUGCAGAGUCAAAGGCCAGGCGCCCCGGUCAUGUUGUAAAAAAGGUUGAUGGAUCUCUCCAACUGGUUGUUGAUUACAGGAAGCUGAAUGACGUAACCCACAAAAAUGUCUACCCCCUUCCAAGGCAGGAUGACCUCAUGGCCAAAUUACGGCACGCCAAAAUAUUCACAAAGCUUGACUUGCGCUGGGGUUACAAUAACGUACAAAUUAAAAAAGGCAAUGAAUGGAAAACGGCUUUCAGAACCAAGUAUGGGCUAUUUGAAUACUUAGUCAUGCCCUUUGGCCUCACCAACGCCCCAGCCGCCUUUCAACACUUUAUGAACAAUUUAUUCUGCAACCUUAUUGACAUCACUGUUGUCAUCUACCUGGACGAUAUCCUGAUCUUCUCCAAAAACCCUAAGGACCAUCCAACCCAUGUCAGAGAGGUCCUAUCCCGGCUAAUGAAGAACCAACUGUUUUGCAAACUAUCCAAGUGCCACUUCCACGUUACCACAGUGGAUUACUUAGGAAUUGUCAUUUCACCAGCAGGCUUCUCCAUGGAUCAGAAGAAAAUCAAGGCUGUCACCACCUGGCCCACGCCCAGAACCGUCAAACAAGUCCAAGCCUUCCUAGGUUUUGAAAACCCCUGGACAUGGGGUACCCUAGAAGAAGCAGCAUUCCAGGAAUUAAAAUCCCUUGUCACCCAGUCACCGGUCUUGGCCCACUCUAAUCCUGAACUUCCUUACUACCUGGAAACAGAUGCAUCCGGAGUAGCCAUGGGAGCAAUUCUUAGCCAAAGAGGGAAAGACAACCGCUUACACCCGGUGGCUUACAUGUCAAAAUCUUUCUCCGGCGCCAAGGCUAAUUAUGACACCCACAAUAAGGAGCUCCUGGCCAUAAUCAAGGCAUUAGAAGAAUGGCGGAUUUUCCUAGAGGCAGCGGACAGACCAAUCCAGGUUUUCACAGAUCAUAGAAACCUGGAAUAUUGGAUGCAGGCACAAACGUUUAACAGAAGGCACGCGCGUUGGCAGAUCUUCCUGAACUUCAACUUUGAAAUACACUAUUGCCCAGGAAAACAGUCAGGAAAACCAGACGCCCUGUCUAGAAGGUUGGACUACACGGACAGUCCUCAGGAACCAGAAAUCAUGCUCCCAGCAGAGGUCUUUGCCAACACAUCAGAGGCGGAACUCAAGAUUGUCACAGAAAUCCAAGAUAAACUGAAGGACAACCCCUCCUUGGAACCCAUUAUCCAGUUCCUGACAGAAGACGCUGACAACGCACCUCCAUCCAUCCGCAAGGCGUAUAGGGAUUACGAUUGGGAAGAAGAUCUACUCUGGUACCAAGGGAAGCUAGUGGUCCCAGACUCGGAAAUCCUGAAAGAACGCUUGCUCAGAGAAUUCCAUGACUCACCCCUAGCAGGGCAUCCUGGGCAACAAAGAACCCUGGAACUCCUGAGCCGCAACUACUGGUGGCCAGGGAUGAAGUCAUCUGCCAAGGAAUGGGUGGAAUGCUGUCCAACCUGCCAAGCCAAUUGUUGCGCCCAUGCCCCUGUCAUUGCCCUGAAGCCCUUAGAAGUUCCCCCCUUCCCAUUCCAUACAAUAUCCUACGACUUCAUCACAGGAUUUCCCAAGUCUAGCGGGCACGACGCAAUCCUGGUGGUAAUUGACUCCUUCUCCAAAUUUGGCCAUUUCAUCCCAACCACCAAGAAGAUCACAGCCAAGGGCCUAGCAGACCUGUUCAUUACUCACAUUUGGAAACUUCAUGGAUUACCAGUCAAGACCAUAUUGGAUCAAGGAACCACAUUCACAGGAAAGUUCCUCAAGGCCCUUUAUCAACGGUUGGGAAUCAAACCAUCUUUCUCAUUGGCUUAUCACCCAGAAUCAGAUGGCCAAACAGAACAGGUCAACCAAUUCAUCAAGUUCUACCUCAGAUCAUAUGUAGCAGCCAAUCACUCAGACUGGGCUACCUGGCUCCAAUUGGCAGAAUAUGCGUACAAUAAUGCCAAACAUGCCGCCACCGGGAAAACGCCUUUUGAACUGGUCUAUGGGAGGAACCCGGUAAUGAACCCAUCAAACGUCCCAGCCAAUGUCCCGGAAGCAGACGCCGUAGCGGAUACCCUAGCCCGGGAAUGGAAGGAAGCGGAAGCAGCCCUGAGGAUGAGCAAAGAACGGAUGACCAGGAAUCAAGGAACCGUGUCAGAAUACUCAAUAGGCAAAAGGGUUUGGCUAGAUGGAAGAAAUAUAGAACUUAGGACCAAUUCAAACAAGUUAGACCCCAAGCAACUUGGUCCCUUCAAAGUCAUUGAGAAGAUCUCUAGCCACGCUUACUGCCUAGAGCUACCGGAAUCCCUGAAAAUCCACAAUGUGUUCUAUGUGGGAUUAUUAUCCAGAAGCCACGAAUCACCAAGUCAGCCCUUCCCGGAAAGACCCCCUCCUGAACAAUAG